CUCUUGUGUAUUUUACUAUACAGGUCCAUGAUGGCGGAGAAACUGUCAGAUAUUGUGACUUUCUUGAGAGGUUGAGGUGUCCCGGAGGACACGGUCAAUUUCAUUGAAGAGCAAAAGAUUGACAGAGUCUAGAUGUCAUCCUCCUGAUGGAAGAUGCUCAGCUGGCCAAUUAUCUUCCAUCUUAUGGAGACAGGAUUGCUCUGUUUCAUUUUUGCAAGCAUCACACUAACACAUCAAAGAGAAAAGAGGGUUUGUUUGACAAAUUAAGGCAGAAGCUCAAACUAAGGCAGAAGCUCAAACUAAGGCAGAAGCUCAAACUAAGGCAGAAGCUCAAACUAAGGCAGAAGCUCAAACUAAGAAAGGAAAGCCACAGUGAAGAGGAGGUGCCAGAAACGUCCCGCAAAUCAAGAAGAAAAGCUAAACAGUCCACAAGAAAUAUUGAAAUAGGAUGGGUUCACACUAUUGAUAAAGUAACAACACAGGUCAGAGCAAAGCAGGGUGGGGGCACAAGGAAGGUCCCUAUUAACGUUCACGGAGGUUUUAACGACAUAUUAAAAGAAGGAAAGGCUCUGUUCUUCCCAGAGGGUAAAUCAAGCAAAGGUCACGAAUCUGAUUUCAAAUUUGAUGUUUGGGACUUCAAGCUAAAUCCUUUCCCGAAUGAUGUUUCUAUCGAAAUGAUAUAUGACACUGUCAAACUCCCACUUUUGCGCUUCUACAUAGCAACUCAACCAAAAUCAGUGCUGCAUGAAGAGGCUCAUGAUGACUCUGACUGUGAUAGCUUUGUGUCUGAGCCUGAUUUACUGCCACAGAAUAAACAGUCCACACUGGAGUUCACAAUAGAGACAAAUAAUCAGUUGAUGACAGAUGAAUCUCAUGACUACCUUCCAGAGGUGUUCAUUAUUUCUGAAGAAAGCGUCACAGAAGAAAGCUUCACAGAGUCCUCAGUAAACAGAGAGAACCCUGCAAGCCCAUUUGCCAACAUUAACAGUGAUCCUAUCACUUUGUCUGCGGAAACCAACUAUACUGUUUUGGAAGCAGAUACCUCUGACCCUGAGAUCACUUUUGGUCCAGCACAAACAGGGGCUGACGACAAUCUUAGUGACACACUGAUAUAUCAACCUGAUGAGCUCCCCCAAAGCCCUGUUCAUAUUUUGCCAGACAUUACUUUGGUUUUACACCAUUCACACAGCUUCAAUUAAGUGAUUGCAUUUUCUGACCCUGCUAUUAUGUACAAAACAUUUGUUCCUUCCUGACCACUCAGUAGAAAAGGGUAGUGGGUCUGGAGUUGUCAGAGAUGUCUACAGUAGCCUCUGGGAAAAGUUUUAUGAACGAUGCACCCUUGGAACAACUGUAAAAGUGCCUUUCCUCAGGCAUGAUUUCUCUACUGCUACAUGGAAAGCUAUUGGGAGAAUUUUUGUGAAAGGAUUUCAAGAUUGCCAGUACAUGCCAAUCAAGCUAGCUCCACCUUUUCUAGAGGAAAUGCUGUUUGGGGCAGCGCACAGUAACCUGCAGACAAGCUUCCUUCAAUGUGUGAGCCGCCAAGAGCAGGAUCUCCUCAGGGAUGCUUUGGCAGAUUUGUCUUCUGUUGAUGCUGAUGAACUUCUUGAUGUGCUUAACAGCUAUGAAUGUAGGAAGAGGGUCACUGCUGCUAGUCUCCCAGAAAUCUUGGAUGAAAUAUCUCACAAAGAACUGGUACAAAAACCAAUGUUUGUCAUCGACUGCUGGAGGGAGAUCAUUGAACUCUUGGGAACUCACCAACAUGUACAGUGACCUCAAACCAACACCAAAGAAGGUGUUAAGUGUAUGACACUUUCCUACAGAGAUGAAAUCAAAGGAAGCCGAGGUCACACUUCACCUGAAGAGAUACAUCAGGGAACUUGAUGAGGAAAAGCUUGGAAGAGUUUUGAGGUUCUGCACUGGCUCUAAUUUGUUGACAUCUGGUGAAAUCGUAGUGGAGUUCAUAGCUCAAAGCAGUUUCACAAGAAGGCCAAUUGGACGUACAUGUGGGAUGAUAUUGCAACUGUCUGACAACUAUGACAGUCUUCCUGACUUCCGCAGUGAGUUCAAUUCUAUUCUAGAGAGCAACAUCUGGAUUAUGGACAUUGUGUAGGCAGGAAUAUUGAUAUUGAAAGCUGUUGGCCAGACAUUCUCGUUCUCAUUUUAAGGUUAAGUGUGACAAUUAUUUACACAAGCAAACAGAUACAUUCUUUAAAACAUGCUGAAAAUUAACAUUCACACAAAUGCUUGUUGAUUACAGAAGAGGGUUCUGAGACACUGUUUAACAGUCUAUUGUUUACAGAAAGAAUGACUGUUAGUCCUACAUGUGCAUACUAAAAAGGAAUUGUAUUUUGUUUGGGUAAUUUCUUUAUGAAAGUAUGGAUGAUUUCAACGGUUUUCAAGGCUCUUUAGGUUUGACAUAAUUGUACUUGUACAGAGUACAAUAUUGUUCAACACUCACAAGGUCAUUUUGUUCUUAUUUAAAUACAUUUGAUGAGUAAAACAUUAAUGACAUUUUGUUGAUAUUACAUAUACAAUAAUAUCUUUGUUAUUUUCAGCACAGGACACAGAUUAUACAAUGUAUCACUGGCUCUACAAUAAAGCAA